CUGACAAGUCAUUGCAGGAAACUGUGUCGUUCUGGCAAUGGAACAACAUCUUCCAAAAAACGACAAAAAACCACUUUCCGAACUGCUGGUGAGCGGUGGUUGACUUCCGAACGCACCGAGCCAUACUUCAUGGGUAUUUUCUGCUUAGAAUGUGUGCUAAAAAUCAUCGCUUUUGGUUUCAUUGCUCACAAAGGAUCGUAUCUACGAUCUGGAUGGAACAUUAUGGACUUCAUAGUAGUAGUAUCUGGGUAA